AUGGAUAGUAACAUCCUGAAUAAUUCCUCGGAAUUUGCCCUUGUCGAGAAGCGCAUCCGAGCCCUCACGACAAUUUUGGCAAAGAUGGGCCAUCGUCAGGAGCCGUCGUUUGAUCUUCAACAAGUUCCUUCCCUCUUGCGCCAUUUUGUUUAUCUCCUCACCCCGGGUGACGUUUUCAGUCCUGAAGUAAAGAAAGCCAUAGCGGCCACGGGCGCCAUCGUCCAUGAUGGGGUUAACGAGAGGUUUCAGACAUUAAUGGUCACCCAGAAUUUAUAUCCCCGUUCCUCCCUAACCGAGUCAAAGUUGGAAGAAGUAACCAAAUCUCGAAAUCAGUUCAAGAAAUCCCUACCACUACUGAUCAUUAUUAGCAAUAAUGACGUCCCCCUCAAUGAACACAUUUCGGAGAUCUGGACUGCCCUUGCAUCCUACGAACCUUCCACGGACAACUACAUCGCUCUCAGCAGAUUUGUCAUCAACUGCUGUCGUCGGAAACUGUUCACCCGUAUUUUCCUCUACCAGAAGACAUGGCACGUGCAUGUGGCCCAAAAGUUGGCUGAUUGGACUCCCGCGGCCAAUGAGCUCCCCGAAACGCACUGGCUUGACGCUCCUCAUUGGUUUUCAUUAAUCCACCUACCGCCUGACAAAUAUGUGCCAAAGCGCAAGCAAGGUCCACCAGAUAAUCAAGUUACCCAACUGGAGUUUUCUAGCAAUACAGUGCACUUAUGGGCUUCGUUCCUCGGUCACCUCAUCCUGACGCUAGAAAGUCAUGCGGUGGAGGCCCAGAAAAUGGAGAAUGAGGGGGACACACUGGGAUUCAAGACAGCUAUGGGUAAAGUCUCAGAUUACUGCGCUGCGUUGUAUUGCUUUGUCUCGUGGGGCGCUGGCGUUGUGAAGACCCUACUGACAAAGACAACGCUUGCCUCGAAAUUCAACGGAUUCACCAAUGGUGAUGAUUUGUAUGAUUCAGACGAGUCUGACGACUUGAAUCCUGAACCUCACGAGUCAAGCGGACGUCGUGUCUUACGGUACUUGAAAGGCAUUGUUGCAUGGCAUGCAGCCAUAAGCAUCGCUUACGACGCCGACAUAUUCCAAAUCACUCGUAGUGAACUUUCCCUCAGUUUACUGGAGAUCCCUCAUGCCAGUUUUGAUAUUGCCAACUUGGAUGACAUCUACGAAGCGUAUUUCAAUGUAAUUUCUUUAAAGCCCUCGAUCGCUUACGAAGAUCUAACCAAACCAAUUCUGAAACGCCAUCUCCCACAAACUUUCUCUGGCACCGUUCAUGCGGAGGCCACAUUAAUGAGCCUUCUCACGUACUUCUCAUCUUCUUCGAGUCGUGUGGCUUUUGAUAUGCCCCUUCGAGAUGAUCAUGUAGCAGCUCUGGACAAGCUACUCGAACCGGCAAGCCUUAUCAUCAAUGCAACCACUGAAAAUGUCGUUGCAGUAGGAAGAAAAUGUUGCUGGUGUUGUGAUCGCCUUCACUUCGAGCUCCUGAAGGCCAACGGUACGCAGUUCAAAUUCCCGGGCUCAAAUGGCGUCAUUUAUCCAUGGAGUCCUCCUCGUGUGGGAGUGGAUGUCAAGGUUCUUCAGAGGUUGGAGGAUGCUUUGUUUCAAGAGCUACAUGCAGUAAUCAGCGAUCAGUCAGAUCUGUUGUAUCGGCCGAGUUCUGGUGCGUAUCUCCACUUCUCGCCACUCGAGGUGUGUGGGUUUUGAGCAGAUUGGAUUUUUUUCGCUUUUGCACUACUACACAGCACUAUACUUGAAUGUGCCAGUAGAAAGAUUGUAGCAAGAUAAAUUGAUCAUAAACAGAAACACCAAACUCGGGCUAGUUUUUGCAGCUGAUGGCUCAUCGCACCAAGAUUGAUACGCGUCUGCCGUCUGGGGAAUGACAGACUCGACGAAGGCGUCAUCCCAUCAUGACCAACGAAACUAUCCACGAGUGAAAGUCAAGGCGUGUUCCAAUAGAAAAAAAACUUGUCGGCAGGUUCCGAACCUGUGCAGUCCAAGAGAAACAGAUUCUGUGUUCGAACUUCGUGC